AUGGCGUUGAGCACCAGCCAACCGGUACAAAAUAAUGUCCAAUCAACCCCGGGAACCGGGUGGCCUAGGCGUACCCAACCAGUGAAAUCAUCGACUUGUCCAUCUUUAAACAGACAUAUCAACUUGUAAGAGCUUAAUUAUAAAUAUUUUUAAACUAAACUAUAUGUAAUUAGUCCAAAUUGUUAAAAUUUUAUUUUGAUCAUUAUUUGAAAAUUAUUAGAAUAGGUUGGUAAUAAUUUAAAAAACCUAAUUUAGUUAAUUUGUACAUUUCUCAUUUAAAUACCUUGAAAAUCAUUAAAUAAGAUAUUAAAAAUAUUACAACAAGAAUCAUAUUUUAAAUUCACAUAUUAGGUAGGUACUUAUGAUAUUAUUUUUCAAUUUAACAAUUUAAUUUCCUUUAAUUAUUUUUUCAAAAAGCUAAUGCAUCAGGAGUGAUGCAUUCUAUCAUGGUUAAGCCACUGUUAUAGAAAAGAAGUUAGCAUGCAUAGGGUAAUUUAAUUUAUAUCUGUAUGUAUGAUAAAUCAUUGCUAACCAUAAAAAAGUUCUGAUUAAUGUUCAGUUAUACAUAAAUGAGGUUUUAAGAUUCUGUGACUUACAAUUUUCAGGCAGAUUUGAAAAAUAAAAAAAAAAAUUAUCUGAAUAAAAACUAAAAAAAGUCCCAAAUGGCUUAAAAGAGCUCAACAUAUUUUGAUAAUUGUAUCAUGUCUAGAAAUGGCUUAUAUAUCUAAGUAUUUGGUAAAAAAUGUUGGUCUCUACAAUUAAUUUAAAUAGAAUAAUAUUAAUUGUAAAUACUUUUAUUAUUAUAAUGUUUUUCUCAUAUAUUAAGAAAACUCCAGGGAAAUUUUAAAAAAGAAACGAUACCAAUGAUGGAUAAGACAUUGUUGUAGAUGGAAACUUAGAAAAGUAGAAUAUAAAGUAAUGUAACUUGUAUCUGUAGGUUAAUCAUCACAGUGAUAUCGAUCAUGGUCGGGUGCAACCAUGAUCGAUAUCAUAAUAUACGCCUAACUGUGGUUGUUAAGAUAAGAAACACCUGACCAGGAAAAAAGAUUGACAUAGGUAUUUCACACGAUGGGUGGGCUGCUGUUAUAUUUGAGAAGUUGGGAAGGUAGAAUGCAGAGGGAAAUUUAAUAUAUAUAUAUAUAUAUAUGUAUGUAUACAACGAUUAAUCAUUGCUUAUGAAAAACUAUUUGAGCAGAGUUUGGUUAUACAUGUUUUAAAAGGCCUGUUUGAUGGUCAGUCUAACGAUUUUAUCCACUGAGUACCUAUCAAACAAAUAUUACUUAUAGAACUAGCAAAAUUAUUAUUGCCUAUAAAUAGCUCAAAUAGUUUAAAAAUUAUGCUAAAAUAUAUAACAUAUAAUAGUAUAAUAAAUUAUUAUUUAUAUAGUGUAUUCACGCUAAGAGGUACCACUAAAUAUUUCAGUUAGAUGACCUAAUAUUGAAAUGGUAUUUUCGGAAGAUUAUAGAGAGUACCCAAAUUCACAUUUUCAGACAAAUUUCAAAUUUUUAACCCUUUUGGUAUGUGUGUGCGCAAUAUAACUUUUUUUAAUUGGAAAGAACAUUUUUUUUUUCUACAGAUUCAGAUAGAGUAUUUUUUAAAACAAUUUUUGUAUUAAAAGUUUUAUCUCAUUACAAAAUUGGUAAUAAUAUGUUGAAAUUUUAACUAUGUUCAACAUACUAGAAUAUCGAAAUGACGAUAUCUCCGAUAUUGUGAAAUCCCUGUUUGUAGAUAGAUAAGCCAUAAAUAAACACUCCAGUUCUUUUUAUGGGGGCAUUUAAAAAAUAUUAUAUAUAUAUGGAUCCUUUUAAUAAAGAUUUAAAAAAUAAUUUACAAGUAGCAUGUAAUAAUUUGAGAAAAGACCAAAUAAAAAGCUGCCACAUCAAGAAUUUUUAAACCAUUUGGAACACCAAGGCAGAAACUUUAAACAAUUUAUUCGAAAAAACCUAUAAUUGCAAAUAAAUAAAUUUUAAUUUCAAAUUUAUGGUGUGUAAUUUUUAUAAUUUUCAUUACCUUUAAUUUAAUUUGGAAGAAUAAAUGAAAAAAUAAUAGUUAAUUACAAAAACAAAAAAGUGUUUAUUUGUGUCUUAUAUCUAUUUACAAAUAGGUAUUUCAAAAUAUCGGAAAUAUCAUUUUGAUUUUGAGUAUAGUUAAAAUUUUGUCAAUUAAAUUAUUCGUAAAUAUUAAAUUUCAAUGUACUAUAACUUUAACUUUACCAAUUUUAUAAUUAGGAAAAAACUUUUUAUACAAACAUUUUUUUUAAAAAAAUGUAGUUGCCAUUUUAAAAAAAGUAAGUUGUAUUACGCAUGUGCCUACUGAAAGGGUUAAAAAUUAAUGAGAAAAUGUGUAUUUGGGUACUCCCUAUCAUUCUCCGAAAAUUCUAUUUCAAUACUAGGUCAAUCAACUUAAAUAUUUAGUGGUACUUCUUAGCAUAAACGCUAUAUUUAGGUAUAUAGGUAAGUAUUUAUACUCUGUCCCAUAAGAGAGUAUAACAGUGAUAACAAAAAUUUGUCAGGUCUGAGCAUACCCAUUGUUGUCAGCUAUUAAAUUUGAAUGUAUGGAAGAAAUGCGAUGGCUUGGUCGGUUGACAAAUAAAGUGCAGAUCAGGCAUGCUCUCUUGUAGGACAGAGUAUAGUUUUAUUAAUUUUUAAAAUAUAAAUUAGGAAAUUGAUAAGAGACUGCACCUUAACGCUCAUUUUUUUAUAUAUAUAAAAUACUCUGCAAUAACCUUGUAUAUUUCUAAUUAUAUUAGUCUUACCAACUAUAGUCUGGCGUAGAUUAUGAUACCGACCAUAAUCAGGCGUAUAAACACAGGGUAAAUUAGGCAUGUUUUUAAAUGGUGUAAUUUGGAUUCGAUCGAGUAGACUAUAACUUUCUCUUAGAUAUUCUAUACAAAUUGGACUUUGAUAAUCCACUCUUUUCCUGGUUUAAAUAUUUGUCCAGAAAUUCCAAUAUGUACAAAUUUAUGAUUGCAAGUCUUGAGUUCUUGUCUAUCUUGGCCAUCUUUCACCAUUUCUUUUUGCUUUAUUUGUUAAUGUCAUAAAAAAGUUAUUCCCAAUACUGAUCUCCUUGCAUUUUCUGAUGACUUAAAUAACCCCUAUUAAAAAAUAACUUUUUUUUUAGUUAUUAAGUACAAUUUAAAAUGAACCUCAUACUUAUUAAUAUUUGGCUGAAUAAUUUUAUAUUCUCAUAAAACCAAAUUAACACAUUUUGAAAAAGCAGACAUGUGUGUGAAAAUGACAAGCCUUUAUGUAUGUUUUCUACAAAAUGUUACAAACAAGGUAUCAUUUAACUUAUUUAAAAUUAAUUGAUGUUUUUUUUUUCCAGGUAUCCUCUAUCUAAUUAUAAGUUUGGAACAAAAGAACCUUUGUUUGAAAAAGAUCCAUCUGUACCAGCUAGAUUUCAACGAAUGCGUGAUGAAUUUGAAAAAAUUGGAAUGCGUCGUAGUGUUGAAGGUGUUUUAAUAGUUCACAAACAUGGGUUGCCACAUGUAUUAUUGUUGCAGUUAGGCACAACAUUUUUUAAAUUGUAAGAUUGAAUGGAUACUUUAUGUUAAAAUAAAUAGUGAUGUUUAUAUACAACUUAAGAGUAAUAAUAUAUAUAUAUUUUUUCACAUUUAAAUAUUUAUAUAAUUUUUAUCAAUUAUAACUGUCAAUAAUAGUUGUUAUACUGUGCUUUAUAUAUUUUGAUUUAAAAAUUUCAGGCCAGGUGGAGAACUAAAUCCAGCUGAAGAUGAAGUUGAGGGACUUAAGCGACUACUUACCGAAGUAACUAUUUUGUUAUUUUAGAACAUAUUAAAAUUAGUUUUUAAGUUUUAAAUAAUCUUAAUGCUCUAUUUAUUGACUUAAUAUUUUGUUAUUGUGUUUAGACUUUAGGACGGCAGGAUGGUAUUCAACCUGAAUGGACUGUUGAAGAUACUAUUGGAAAUUGGUGGCGGCCAAAUUUUGAACCUCCGACAUAUCCUUAUAUACCACCACACAUAACUAAACCAAAAGAGCAUAAAAGACUCUUUUUAGUUCAGCUGCCUGAUAAAGGUAAGAUAAAAUAUAAGUGAAUCAAAAUCCUAAAUUUUGUGAGUAUAAAUAUAAUUAGCUGUCAUUUUAUUUAUUAGUAUUUCUAAGUAUACACUAUGCAAUUAUAAUGAGGUUUUAUAUUAUUUAAAUUUUUUCCCCUAAAGGUUUAAUUCUACUCAAUUCAUUAUUUUGGGUUAUUUACAUUCACAAGGUGCUCUAAAGUUAAUAUUUGAGCAUUUCUAUAAUUUUUACUUACGUGUAUAUUACAUCACCUAAGAUGUGUGUUAAAUUACAUUAAAUUAUUUUAUAUUUCACAGUUUGCAAUGGCAACAUGAUUUGCUGGUUCAGAAAGGAUCGUCCUGGUUGAUUGUAAAACUUCACAUACAAGACAUGUAUUUUUUUUUUUAUAAAAAUUGUCUAGGGAAAAUUCAUGAUAGGGUUUCCUUAUAAGACUAUUGUUUUUAUCACUGUUGUAACUCAGUGUUGUUAACAACUGAUUUUUAAUCUGCUGAAACUGGAUGGAAAUAUAAAAAUAUGGGGGAGACUAAUUUUUAAUUUUAAGAUAAUAAUAGAAAAACAUUGGCACUUUCUGUAUUGGAUAUGCGCAUUGUACAGUGUAUUUUCUGUUAUAAUAAAUAUAUAUUUUUUCAUACUUUUAAUUUUUUAUUUAAGAUGACAAUAUUCUCAACAUUUUAAGUUUUAUUUUUUAUUGAAAUACGGGGUGUCAUAAAUCAUACUUGACUGAAAUAUGGAUAUUUGUAUGAAUUUUUUAUAGCAACAUUUUAUUUUUGUAAAGCAUCAUAUAAUUUAAUUAAUACAUAAUUGGAUAUUCCAUUUCUAUAUUAAAAAAAAAUUGUAUGUACAAUUCAAAACAAAUUAUGGUGCCUUAUCAAUAUAAAAUCUCAGUUGAAUUAAAUUUAUCUUUGACACCCUGUAAUUUUUAUUUUUUAUUAUUAUUUUUUUUUUUUUUGUAAACAAAUUUAUUUGGUGGGAUGGAAUUAUAUCAGUUUUUUUUUAUAGGUUGUAUAAAUAUAUAAUAUUUUAGCAAUAAAAACAUUCAUUUUCUACAAUUUUAUUAAAAGUAUUUUGAAUAUAAUAAUAAACUAAUUUGUUGUUUCUGUCUAUUUGAUGUAAAAUGUAACAAAUUUAUUAUUUACUUAUUGAAACUGUGGGUAAUAGAUUUAUAUAAAACAAUUAAUAUUGACAACAGAUCUAUCUCAUACUUAAGAGACAAUUUGAUACAAAAAUAUUUUGCCGAUCUAGAACUUUUCAGUUUUAAUUUUGUAAAAUAUAAAUUUGAUAUGAUUUACUGUUAAAUAAAACAUAAAAAAACAACUUAAAAUGUCAAAUCCUUUUGAAUGUAUAGUUUCAAUAUUCAAUUUAGAAUAUUAAGAAUGCAUGUUAUUCAAUUCUGACAGACAGCAAAACUAACAAUUAUGUUUACUGUGUAUCUCAUUUUGUUUUAGUAGUUAAAUUAUUAUUUUUACUGCAAUUAUUCAACUAUUUAUAUAAUGUUCUAAUUUCCCUGUAUGAGCAAUAUGUAAAAAUGGUUAUUUAAUAAUAAAGAGUAGUGUAAUAUGUAUUAAUUAUUAAAACAAAAUAAUAAUAUGUAUAUUUAUAAUAGUUAAUUGGGGGAAUUAUUUUGUCAAUACAUUAUUUUAAAAUAUCUUACUAUGUAAUUAACACUUGUAAUGUUUUAAAUACAAUUAUUACAUUUAAGCUAAUUUAUCUAAAUAAAAAAAAAAAACUAUUUCUCAAUAUAAAGAAUUUAUUAUUUUACUGAGGUCAUGACAGUCAUUUAAAUAACACAUAAAUAGAAAUUAGGUACUUAUAUAUAAUUUUUUACUUGCCAUAGUGGGCAUCUAUGUUUGUUAAAAAAUGUCUUAAAUUUAAUAAUUCUUUUGGCCAUUAAAAUAAUAUUGUAUUGCUUCAAUGUUGUGUAUUUGUAUCAUUUCGUUUUAAUUUUUUCAUAAUUUCCAUUUAAACAUACAAUUUAAGACCCGUUGUACAAAGUUGUCAUUCAACAUCCAUUUAUUAUCCUAAAAUUUUAUUAUGUACAUGUUUUCUGAUUACAACUGUUUUUAAACAAACAUUAAAAAUGAUUGUAUAUUUAUGUAUAACCUCUAGGUGUAUUUUGUUUAAUCAUAUUAAUUAAAAUAUACUGUUAAAUGUAUUGAAUUUAUUUUGACUUGUUUGUAAAUUCAUUAAGAGAUUAUAAUAUUAUAAAAUAGUCUGUUUAUAAAUUAUUUGAUAAUUUGAUUGUUCUAUAGCCUUGUUUGCUGUGCCGAAAAAUUACAAAUUGGUGGCAGCCCCUUUGUUUGAGCUGUUUGAUAACUCUCAAGGAUAUGGAUCUAUUAUUUCCUCAUUGCCUCAAGCCCUUGGAAGGUAAAAUUAUUAUUUUAUUUAUAUAGUCAAAUCAUUUCAACAUUUUUUUUUUUUCAGAUUCAACUUCAUUUAUAUGUAAUUUAGAAUUUAACUGUAGGAUAUUUUAUAUUUGCUGCCCAUCAAGAUUUUUCUACGAUUUAAUGUAAUUGUAAAGUAGAUUUAUUAUCAGUAAAUUGUAUAGAAAAAUGAGAAAUUUGUCUGACCAUUUGAACUUAUUACAUACUAUCGCCACCAUAUUUAAUAUUAUAAUUUACAUAUUUAUAUAUAUAUAUAAAUCAUUGUGUAAAUUAUUAUGGGCCUGUAAGUGAUUUAUAAAUUCUAGUUUUAUAAAUUAAUUUAACUUCUCAUUAAUUUUUAGUUUGAUACUAUACUGAAGUAUUCAACUUUAAUUUGUCUUUAUUUUUACAAUCAUUAUCGUUGGUUAGAUUAUACACUAAAUGAAAUUUUCUGUACCUGUAAGUAAUAUUUGUUGAAAUACAAAUGUCUGGGACUUUUUUAAACUAUCAUUAUAGUAUUAUACAACAAACAUGAUGUGUUGGUAUUUAUAUUUAAAUAGAAACAAACUGUUUAUUUUAAAUUAAUUAUUUUGUUUUCUAUAUUAAUACAUUAUGAUGAAAUUAAUACACCAUUUUAAUCUAUAUAGUUUCCAAUUUUGUUAUUCAUUUUUUGUGAUUAAAUGCCUUUUUGACAAAUUUAUUUAUUAUUUUUAGUCUAUUUUUUAAUUUAAAACCUUUCUAAUUUUUUGAUAAAACAAUUCCAGAACAACUUUAUUUCCCAUCUUUAAGAAUUAAAGAGAAUUUCAUUUUUAAUUUUCUUCCUAAAUUCCUUAAAAGUAAACAUAAGUACAUUACUCGCAAAGAAUAUUAUUUCAACAUUUUUAUUGUACUGGAUAUUAAUUUUAAGAAAGAAAACUAAUACUAAACCUUGUUCAAUAAGAAAUUAUAUGUGUACCUUAUUACAUAUAUAGAAUAACUGCAUUUUAAAAUUAUCAUUUGGCUUUACUUUAUUUAAUUAUAAUUUGUUGUAUUUUAUUCCAUUUUCUGCUAGCAUUUGGAAAACAAAUCCUAUUGACAACCGUGUUUUUUGUGCGUGGUUAUCCACAAGUAAUAUACAUAUUAAUUACUAUUAUUAUAUUAUUCAAAAAUAUAAUUUCAGUAUACCUCUUUUCUAUAGAUAAUUAUUUAUUGUUACUAUUAAAUAAUUUUUGUUUUGUUAAAUUAUUAAUUAGUAGUUUUUUGGACAUAGGCUGCUGGCUACAACUAUAAACACAUUGUAUAACUUUAAUACCCAUUACAAAAAAAUAUUUUACAAACUGUUAUAGGAAAGUAGAAUUUAUAGUCAUUUGGUAUAUACUGAGUGUACAUGACUAUAACAAAUGUAAUAAAUUUUUAUACUCAUGGUGUAAAGACUGUAGGGAUUAUUGGUUUUACUAGGAUGUUUUACCGUUUCCGUUGUGUUAUAUUUAAGUUUACUACCAUGAUAUUAUUCCAGUUGAAAAAUGAGAAAAGAUAGGUUUUGUUUCUUUUAACACAUAUCCAUUUAAGCGGCCCUCACACGAUCAAUAUUAUUGACAUUAUUUCAGAUACUGACAAUAUGAUGUACUGUCAGUAUAUAAAAACGAUACUCAUAAUAAUAUUGAUGGUGUGAAGUGGAUACUGACAGUUCUUCAAUUUUAUUAGCACAGCGAUGGAAGAUGCACAUGAUGAAUGUCCAAGCGCGCGCGAAGGUCGUGAACAACAAUUACGUGCUUUUAUUUCAGAGUAUAAAAAUUUUAAAUGUUUAUGGGAUGUUCAUUGUAAAGACUAUUGUAAUAUAGACAUAAAAAGAGCUGCUUAUAAUGAACUAUUAGUUGUCUAUAAGUUAAUUAGGCCUAAAGCUACUAUAGAUGAAGUAAAAUAA